AUGAAUCCCAGUAAUUACGCCUCGGGUCUUUUUGACUACUACUCCUCCUACCCCGAUGAUCAACCUUCGGGUAGCUACUCGCCGGUUGGGCCUUCAGCUUCUACUUCGCAUGGGAGAAAACGCCGCCGAUUAAGUCACUCAGACUUUGGUGCAGUAUCUGUGCCCUCAGAGUUGGAUCCUGGAGACGAUGGUGAGAAUGAACUCUACGCCUCCAUCGACUUGACCACGGUGGACGAGUCGUCGUCGCUUUCGAGAACUCUAGCAAAGCAGCGAGAAGAUGCAAUCAGGGCUCAACACACGGUGGAUGACGAGAGAGGGCGAUCAGUUUUAACUGCAUAUAAAUGCCCCGUCUGCAUGGACACACCGGUUGAUGCGACCAGCACUGCAUGUGGACACCUCUUUUGCCAUAAGUGUAUCAUCGACACGUUAAAAUUCAGUGAAGAGCAACGCGCAGAUAGCACCGGGAAAACCCCUCGAGGCACCUGUCCUGUUUGUCGAAAGCCCCUUACACGAAGUGAUGUUCCGGGCCCGCGAAGAAACCUCAUACCAUUGCAACUGAAACUGACGGCGAGGAAAAGAAACGAUGCCGUAGAUCGCACGUAA